AUGGAGCUUCCGGGCGCAAAACUGAAGUUUGCAAUUCUCACAGACAAGUUUCCCGCGGCGGCGGCAGCCAGGGUCCGGCCCGGAGCCCCAGGUCUCCGGCUUCUCCGCGCGGGCCCGGGCAGGCUGCGCGGCGGGCGCUCUCCCGGAACAGCGCGCUACGCCCUCCAAGACAAGAACGAGCCGCGCAAGCUAGACAACGCAGCCGCCGCGACCCAACCUCCGCGCGCGGGCCCCGCCGGAUUCCGACGCUCGCGGCAAAGGGGAAACCGGCCCAGACUGGGCUUCGAGGGCGGGCAGACGCCGUUUUACCUGCGCAUCCCAAAAUACGGGUUUAAUGAAGGACACAGCUUCAGACGUCAGUACCAGCCCUUGAGUCUGAGGAGGCUGCAGUAUCUCAUUGAUUUGGGCCGCGUUGACCCCACUGAACCCAUUGACUUAACCCAGCUCGUCAACGGGAGAGGUGUGACCGUCCAGCCACUGAAGAGGGACUACGGCGUCCAGCUGGUGGAGGAGGUGAGGCUGCCCUGCUCGCGGUGGAUGCCUGAAGCCGAGGGCCUCGUCACAGCCCGCGGCUGCUGCUGUGCGUGGAAUAUGGCAGAUAAGAAAGUCCUGAAGCCUCUGGAUGAGGAGCUCCUCAAGUACUAUAGCUCAUGAGUUCCCUCCCAGGAAAGCGGCUGGGAGGAGUUCAGGAAGAGGGACUGAGCGCUGGGUUCCCAAAUUGUAACACUUUUCCAGGGUUGAUGUCGGCUGUCAGUAUAAUCCUGUCUUUCAUAUAUAUAUAUGUAUGUAAUAAAGAUAAAAGUGGAGGAAGCAGAGCCACGGAGAGGAAGCUGAGUGGACUUUCUCAGACCCACGCUGGUCUGUCUGUUGAGGAGGACUGGAACGUGAAAUAUUUCUAGCCCAGCUUUGCAAGAGCCGUCCUGCAGCCUUUUCUAGGUGCAAGCCAGAAUGAAUUUGAAAGUGGAGUGGGAUUCAUUGGUAGGCCUGCUCGUUGAAAUCAGAGCCUGCAGUGCUGGGCCCCUUGGCACACGCCUGUGAUCCCCCGUGGUUCAAGGCCAGUGUGAACUACCUACUGAAACGCUGUCUCAAACAAAAAAUGGCAGUGGCUUCUUGUCAUGAGGAGCCUCUGGGAAGCCGGCCACUGUCAGGGUGGAGAAGCCUUAAGGCGGGGCAGACCUGGCCGGGAGUGUUGGUCCAACCCUGGGCAGUAGCUUCUACUUUGUCUGGUUAGGUGGGGGUGGCUGUCAGGUUUCUGUGU